CCAUGACACUUUACCCGAAUCGGAUCAUUGUUGUUUACAUCACACGAAGAGAGAGUGACAGCUUGUUCUCGGGAGACAGAUCAGUGUCUGUAGAGAGAAAACAUUUGACCAGGUGGAGUCAGGCUUCUUCUUCGUCUUUGGACCUCUACACCAACAAGGCAGAAGACGCCAAUUUUGGAUCAAUUAUGCUGAUGCCCCACUGUAAGAACCUGGAGAUCUUCACUGUUUCUGGGGGAGGUGACGUGGCCACAAACAAUCCGUGGGACACCUUCCAACGCUACCUCUGUCUGGACAACAGCCAGAGGGUGAUCAAGACAUCUUCAACCCCAUUGGAGGAGACGACCCAAGGUUCCUUGCCUCAGACUUCCUCCAAUGGGUUUUGAGAAGGAUGUGAGUAGUGAGGAGUUGAGCAGAGAUUAAUUGGGACAGAGCUCAUGUCAUUGUUUUAGGUGAAAAUGUAUUCAUUUUGCAGCACAGGAGGUUGGUGGUGCUGUACCUUAAUUGAGGAGAACGGGCUGGUGGUAAUGAUGAGUGGAAUAGUAUCAAAUACAUUAAACAUGGUUUCCAGGUGUUUGAUGCCAUUCCAUUCGCUCCGUUCCAGCCAUUAUUAUGAGCUGUUCUCCCCUCAGCAGCCUUCUGUGGUCACACUUACAUAUUUUGUUCUACCUGUGCUCUUUCUACAGAUUUUAUUUUAUUUAACUAGGCAAGUCAGUUGAGAACAAAUUCUUAUUUACAAUGACUGUCUACACCGGCCAAACCCAGAUGACGCUGGGCCAAUUGUACGCCGCUCUAUGGGACUCCCAAUCACGGCCGGUUGUGAUACAGCCUGGAUUCGAACCAGGGUGUCUGUGGUGGCUCUUGCUUGCUGAUAUCAUCUGAUCUGAUGAGACUCCCUGAGAUGUGACUCCUGUAUUACUGACAGUUUUCAAUAAACCUUCCAAUGACAAAUUGAAAUAAUUUGAGAUUCUGUAAUUGAAAGACAAUUGUAGUUCCCAAUCAGAUAAUUACUAUAAAACAAAUCUGUUUUCCUCAGUGCAGUUGUAAACAACCAUCAUCGAGUCCAUCCUCAGCUCCUCCAUCACUGCAACGGAUUGUCCGGUCUGCUGAGAGGGUCAUUGGCUGCCACCUGCCCUCCUUCGAGGUCCUGCACGACUCCAAGGCAAGGAAGUGUGCAGGAAAGAUCAUUGCCAACCCCUUCCGUCCCCUGGCAAACGGUUCAGGUCAAUCACGACCAAAACCUCACGCCACCUGAACAGUUUCUUCCCGUUGUGCCAUGGCCCUCAUCCAACCGGCAACCUGGUCUACGAUGAUCCUGUCAUCCAUGGACUUUGUACUCUGCGCUAUUCAUCCACAGACUAUUCACUGCACUAUCAUCCCAGAACUGCACAUUGCUCUUUGCACUCUCUUACAUGCAUAAUUUAUAAUGUAGCUUAUAGCGCACACAGUGUACAUACUGUAUGUGAAUAUGUGGAGAUUCUGCAUCUAUAUUUUUUUUGGUCUGUAAAUUUUGUUUAUCUGUCUGUAUAUUGUUUAUUGUUGCAGCACCAUUUCAUUCCUGUACAUGCAAAUGUAUUUGGCGAAUAAAGCUGAUAUGUUA